AAGAUAUCAAAUUCUGUCUCAAUCUCACAUCCCUCCCCUCUUCCCUUCCUCCUUUGCAACAACCACCAGUAACGCGUUUGUUUUUGCUAUAUUCUUGUUCAUUUGAGAUAUCCUCAUUAUGUCCGAGCCUAUCAGAAAUAAAAAGGCGGAUUACCCGGUCGCUCCAACGCCUCAAAAUACGCCAGCAAAUAACGCUCCCAUUUCAUCCCAUGCUCAGCAACCAGGAGUCUCGAGCAUCCAAGAAGAAAACUUUGACCGUGUUACGGCAGCUUCGCUCUUUGCAAGGAACCCCGGCCUAGUAUCUAUGAUCCAGGGGAAGUUGGGAUCCCUUGUUGGUCGUUCUUCUGGAUACAUAGAAUCUCUUCCCGCUCCAGUCCGCCGCCGUGUCGCUGGUCUGAAAGGUAUUCAGAAGGAACAUGCAAAGCUGGAAGCCCAAUUUCAGGAAGAAGUCCUGGAACUGGAAAAGAAGUACUUCGCCAAAUUUACCCCGCUGUAUCAGAAGCGCUAUACAAUUAUCAACGGGACAGUUGAGCCUACUGAUAGUGAAGUCGAAGCUGGUAAACAGGAUGAGGAAGAAGCUGAUACUAAGGAAGGGGAGACCGAAGCAAAGGAGCUAGAUGAGGUCGAGCCCGCGGCCGCUGGGAUACCCGAAUUCUGGCUCUCUGCCAUGAAGAACCAGAUCUCCCUUGCGGAGAUGAUAACCGAACGAGAUGAAGAAGCUCUUAAGCAUCUCACGGAUAUUCGUAUGGAAUACCUUGACAGGCCAGGAUUCCGUCUUAUAUUUGAAUUCUCGGGGAAUGAGUUCUUUACGAACAGGACCAUUUCAAAGACAUAUUUCUACAAGGAGGAGAGUGGUUAUGGUGGUGAUUUCAUCUAUGACCAUGCCGAAGGUGAUAAAAUCGACUGGAAAGCAGGAAAAGACCUUACUGUUCGUGUCGAAAGCAAAAAGCAGAGAAACAAGAAUACGAAGCAGACUCGCGUUGUUAAGAUAACCGUGCCAACCGAAUCGUUCUUCAAUUUCUUUUCACCUCCUCAGCCCCCAACUGACGAUGACGAAACGGUUGCUACUGAUAUUGAGGAGCGUCUUGAACUUGAUUACCAACUUGGUGAAGACAUCAAGGAAAAGCUAAUUCCCCGUGCGAUUGACUGGUUCACUGGCGAGGCUCUUCAAUUUGAGGAGCUUGGGGAAGGUAUUGAUCAAGAUGAGUUCGAUGAUGAAGAUGAAGAAGACGAAGAAGACGAAGAUGGCAUGGGAUCUGAUAGGGACCUUGAUGAUGAUUCUGAAGAGGAAGAUGGUGACUCAAAGCCGAAGAAAGAGGCAGCGGAAUGCAAACAAAGCUGAGAUUUCUAUAAGGCGUAGGGGUCGGUAGAACUUUGCGCUUCACUGUCAAAAUCUAGACUGGAUCGCAACCGUUAUUCAUUUGACGUUUCUUAUGUUCUCUUUGAUCGCCUUUCUUGUCUUUCAUUACUUUUCCCCGGUGGCAACCAGUGGGUGGAAACCAGGAUUAUUCACCAAAUUAUUACCUGUCCCGACUAAUUGCCUUGUUUUCCCCAAGUACCAUGCAUGCUGUCAGUGCUAGAGCACAGCGUGCGUAAUGGUUCCUCUUAUCAUCUUACGUGGAUGACAUGGUAUGGAGAAUCUGUAUGGGCCGUGGCGCUGAACUCCCAAACUGAAACAUACUGCUCUUUCGUCUAAUGAUUUCUCAUUGCACUCAAACUGUCAAUCCUAUUCAGUUUCGGUUGAACACCUACCCCGCGUCAGACACCAGCAUUUGCAUUUUAGUAAUAGAUAUUGAGAUUAAACUCCGUGUGCAAGAUUCUUGCAACCUCGUUUUUUUUUUUUUUUUUUUUUUUUGUUGUUGUUGUUGUGGAAAUAAGCUACUAUCGAAGUACCUAGAAGAUUGAUCUUGU